AUGACGCUGGAGACCUUCUCCUUCCCUAUUCCUGAAACUCGGUUCUUCAGAGCUGAUGGGAUCAUCUUCAAGUUUAAGAUCAGAACAGGCAGCAGCUUCAGUGUUUAUUUCAGUGGAGAGGAGGUGAUGGAAGGAAAUGGCUUCCAUCAGGAACUGGAGGACAUCAUCAGAACGGUCAUCGGCAACCUGGGCAAUCUCCAGCCUUUCUCCAGUACCCACUUCAAUGUCUUCCCUUAUAAGAAGCGCUGGGAGGGAUUAUCUAAGGUGAUUUGCAAACACGAUGAGAGGAACCUGAGCGCCUACCCUUUCAUACUCAUCGUCUACCUGGAGAAAAACACACAGAAUGGAACACAUGCAGAGAAGAGGCUGAGUCCAGAGAAAGAGAGAGAGCAUCACUUCUCUGUUUCUAAGCCCCCGUCCAAGCGCACUAAGACAGACUCACCACUAGAGGAGGCCAUACUACAGGACUUAGUCAAUGAGUUGGAGGCUGAGAGCCGGAUUUCCAUGGUGGGCAGGCUGCACGUGGACAAUCCACAGGAAGAGGGAGAGGUCAAAGAGGAUCCGGGACAUGUUGUCAAGCUGAAAUCAGACCUCAAGAUGAAGAGUGAGAGUCCAGGUGAAGUGCAGCCGGGGACAAUACAGGACAAAGAAGUGGAGGAGGAAGAUAGGGCAGCUUCAGAGACCCCUGGGUUGCUGACUCGACUGGCCAGCCGAAUCUUCCCUUUCUCCUUGUUCUUCAGAGCCGAAUGAGAGACAGGAAGGUCAAAGUUGUUCUUGUAAUGGAGCCUCAUCAGGGUUUGGUUUA